AAAUUCAUUUCUGUAUAAUGAUACAACAAAAGGGGAAUACGUAUGAAAGUAUGAAUAAUGAGGAGUAUGAAGUUGUGAAGGUUCGGAGGUAGUAAGUAGGCUCCGACAGGUGACGCACUGUGUGUACAGACAAGAAAGGCAAGGUAAGGCAAGGCAAGGCAAGGCAAGGCAAAGCAAAGCAAGGUAAGACAAGGGAAGGAUUUACGAGUCACAAUAAUCACGCACAAGAAGACAGGGACCAUUCCUUACAGAUGCAGAUGCUGUUGUUGAUACAGUAAACUUGGCGUUGAACUGGCCAACGAUGCGGUGAACGAAGCCAGCUCUCUCUUCGAUGUGAAGAAAGGAAUAACACGAUAAAAUUCCACUGCUGCACCGCAAAAGAACACCGGGGGAUUUGAGAAUCGGUGUUGGUCAGGAACUGCUGUCAUCACGGUGCAGGAUUGUGGCAGGAGAAGGUCGGGAGUUUUCUGUUGAUAGACCGGGCAGAAAAGUUGCUGGAAUUGCCAAUUUUUUAGAUGCUUUGUUUCUUGGUUGUAGUAGCUCCCUGUAGUGAUCUUCGCUCGGGUGCAGAGAGAUGUGAUUGAGACGUCAUUCUUUCAGCGCUCCGGACAUUCUUAUGCGAGUGCCGUGUUUUAAGUUGAGUUCCAGCGGUUGCCGAGGUCCGCAGAAAUUGGCAAUUGUAGCCUCAGGAGAAGUGUAGCAGGACAACCUCGCGAUGAUGUCUGGUGUGACGUACGUAUGGUCCCUCAUGGGGAUGGCGACGAUUGUCUGCGGCUUUCUGCCUCAGGAACUGAAGCAUUUCAUGAAACUUUGGAUGCACAAAUUGAUCAAGAAGCUGUGGAGUACAGACCCUUACUGCCGAUUUCACUUCCACGAAUUAGAUGGCAGGGGGCGCACUAACCAUCUCUACCGCCAAGUGGAGAUGCACCUGCGAUCUAAACAGCUCAUCAAGGACGCUGACGAUUUGUAUCUUUCACAGGAGGAAUCUGCGAAGAAAAUCAACUACACGCUAGCAGGAGGUGAGACUGUGUCCGAACAUUACGAGGGUGUGAAAGUGACGUGGACUUUCACCACUGAGAAAAUGAAAGGUUCGAAUGGAGGUGAAAGAGAGGAGAACAAGUACACCUUGAAGAUGCUGAAAACAGACAAAGUCUUCGUCAUGUCCCGUUAUAUGGACUACGUUUCACGCAGCGCCAAAGAGUACAAGCUGCAGCUCACCGACCUGUACCUUUACAGCUGCAGCCACGAGCGUUGGAAAUCGCAUACAUUUCAACAUCCUUCGACGUUCGACACAUUGGCUAUGGAUCCUGAAUCCAAGGACCGCCUCAUGACGGACAUCAUAGCAUACAUGGAGGGAGAAGCUUAUUUCAAGAGAGUAGGACGAGCGUGGAAGAGAGGAUAUCUCUUGUAUGGUCCUCCGGGCACAGGCAAGAGCUCUUUGAUUGCGGCUAUGGCGAAUCUCCUGCACUACAACAUUUACGACCUCGAGCUCACACAGGUAUACGAUAACAGCAUGCUCAAGGCUCUGCUAACAAACACAACGAGCAAGUCAAUAAUUGUCAUAGAAGACGUAGAUUGCUCACUAGACCUAACAGGAUCACGCUUCGAAAAACCAGCAGGAAAACUGAAGUCAACAUCAUCCAAACAAACGACAUCAUCUCCUGGCAGCAGAGUUACCCUCUCGGGGCUUUUAAAUUUCACCGACGGGCUGUGGUCCUGCUGCGGGAACGAGCGCAUAAUAAUCUUCACCACAAACCACAUCGAGAAGUUGGAUCCGGCCUUGCUGAGACCAGGUCGCAUGGACAUGCACAUCCACAUGUCGUUCUGCAACUUCGAAAUCUUCAAAGUUCUCGCCUCGAACUAUUUAUCAGUGUCGAGUGACCCGUUGUUUGAGCAGAUAGAAAGAUUUCUACAUGAACAGUCUGUAUGUAUCACCCCUGCCGAGGUAACCGAGAUUCUGUUUGAGAAUAAGGAUGACACCGACUUAGCUCUUCGGAAAUUAGUAGCGGAUCUGGAGCGCAGAGGUGUUGAAGGGGAUGCUGUGGUGGUUAAACCCACAGAUGUGAAGGAUAGUUGCGACAACGAAGCGGAACAAGACGACGAAUCGGACAAAAUGGAGCCUGCUGUGGAACAAGAUCCCAAUGCAGCAGCAGUAACAGGUGAGAAGCCAUGUACAAAGAUACACUGCAAUGUGAGGGAACACAAGAAUCAAACGAAUUGGUUGAAGAUAUAUUUGGAUUACAAGAGCAUGGUACAGCGUCAAGGUUUACUUGGGGGGAAGAGAUUAACAUCCAGAUCAUUGCGGCUCACCCGAUUUUAAUUCCUACGGUGUGGGUUUUUGAUUUAUUUAUUAAUAUAUAUUUAUAUAUAUAAUCGGGGAGUGUUGGUGAAUUCUGAGCUUCAGUGAUGAAUCUUUCCGACACCCUGCUCAGCGAAAAUUUAUACUUGCUUUUUAGUAAAUCGACACAAAUGUGAACCCUAGGAUUUUCAUGGUUGAAUGCUGGAUGACAUUUCUUUUCGUUUGCCAAUUUGAUUGCCUUGGGCUUUGAUAAUAAUUAUGUAUACUAAUUCAAUAAAAUGAUUGAAGGUUUAAAUUA